GUCAGUCGCUUCAACGAGUUUCGAUCUCAGUAAUAUUACAAUUUCGUCCUUCGCUGUUUAUAUCGUCGGAGAUUAUAAAAGCUGGAAAUGAAUUCCAUCACUUUGCUGUUGACGCUCACUGUGGCCUACUCACUGGCCACGCCUACUAAUUAUGUGAAUAGCAAAUCUUCGACGGCAUCCUAUGCCACGCCUGCCGUAACCAUUUUAAAACAAAUCAAUCAACUCAACGAAGAUGGCUCUUACACUUUCGGCUACGAAGCCUCUGACGGAUCGUUCCGAUUCGAGAAUAUGGACGCCAAUGGUUAUUUGACCGGUAGAUAUGGUUACGUCGAUUCCUACGGAAAAACACAAGAAACGGAAUACGUUGCCGGCAAGCUUUCUGGCCAGUCUGUGGGAUUCCAAGCUAGAGGAACGUCGAUCUCACAAGAUGGUCGAACAUCUCUACCGUUCCCUUUCAUUCAGACAGCACCUAAAUCAGUCGAACAAAAAGCUUUAGAUUACCAAUACACCAGCGUGGAUGAUGAUGAAGAUGGCUUCCCCGAUUCGGCACCAUUUAACGGGAAUAACGGUGGAAACGUUCGAGUAGUUUCUCUGGCCAAAGAUGCUUACAGCAGUGGAACAACAGUCGUCCGUGUUGCUGAUCAAAAUUAUGCAGUUUCUGAUGUCCGUGUUUCGACACCCACGAAAACGACAUACGAGACAACUGCAGGGAAUAUCCGCCUUGUGACUCCAUCUAAAAGCUCAUACGGCCCUGUAGUCGGCGUUGUAGAAAAAAAUCAAAAGAUUGAAGAUAAUUAUGGUAAAAUUGCAGAUACAAGGGUUUCCUACGUACCUGCGGUCGUCCGUGUAACAAAUGCUGCAGAGGCAGACACUCCUUUCAUAAAGCCGAAUGCUAAGCCCAUUACCACGAACAUCCAACAACUUUCUGGGCAGGUGAGCAUUAUCCGAUCUCCUACUACAAGUUACGGCAACUCUGCUGUCAAGUCGACUGGAAAAUUGGAUGAGUUUCUUAAGUCACUCGAGACCAACACCAAAAUCGUCGGUAACAGCUACAACACGAACCAGCCAAGUGGCGCAAUCACCUCGAAUCAGGACCAAUUCCAGCAGGAUUUCCAAAUUCAAGAUGUUCAACCAAUUCAAGGCGACUCAAUCAGUGUAGAUUCAAUUGGAUUCUCCUUCUAGCAGUCUACCGUAGUUGACCCAUGAAUGAAAUAAUGAUGACCCAUUCAAUUAUUUCCAUACUUUCCAUAAUUUGCAUGAGACGUAGACUACUCCUUUGAUUUAAUAUAUGAUACAAUUUUUGAACUUUAA